AUGAGUUCGGAGAAACCGUGUCCGUACCGUUCAUUUGUCCUGACGCGGAUAGAUCCAGAGCGUGUUUCUCGAGCCAGCUUUGGGAUUCUGGAUGUCAUUGCUCUCCUCCUUGUUACUUUGGCAACCAUAGCUAGUCGAUUUUGGCGAAUCAACCAGCCAAAUGCGGUGGUUCUUGACGAGAGUCAUUACGUUGACUUGAUACGACAAUACAUCCUUGGUGUUUUCCAUUUGGAUGUUCACCCGCCACUUUCAAAAUUGAUUUUUUACUGGAUUGCUCGCUUCGCUGGCUACGAUGGUAGCUACUUACCUCCCAAGGCUGGUGAGCGGUACCCCGACGAUUUUCCUUACGUGUUGUUGCGUUCCUUCUCAGCUCUGUGCGGAGUUGCUACAGUGAUUCUCACCUACCUUACACUACGAAGCAGUGGCUGUCGAACUUUGAUAGCUGCUUUAGGAUCCUCAUUAUUGGUGGUAGAAAACUCAAUCACCACACGUCUGCGUUUCAUAUUGCUUGAUGCUCCACUAUUGCUCGGGUCAGCUCUUGCCAUUUAUGGCGUGAAAAAGACACAACUUGUGGAGCCCUUUACUAAGAAAUGGUAUAAGAUGUUGUUAUCAACUGGUCUUGGUGUUUGGUUUGCACUGAGCACAGCAAUUACUGGCGUUUUUAUAUUGGUUUGGGUGGGGCUUGUUACCGCUUGGCAGUUGUGGCGUUACUACGGUGACUUAAGUAUAUCAGUUGGUGCAGUGACUCGCCAAGCAGUCGUGAGAACUGGUGCCAUCCUUGUGCUCCCAACAUUACUUUAUUUGGCUGUGUUCACUGUACAUUUUACCAUUCUCGAUCAACCAGGUGUUCAUCUCGCAAAGUUCCCCGUGGAAUUUCAGGCAACUCUUGACCCAGAAGUAUUAGACUCUCCGCUGAUGGUGCUGUUCGGGCUGUCAGUUACUUUUAAGCAUCAGCAACUUGAAUCGUACUUGCACUCACAUGACUUUAACUACGUCAGUGAUUCGAAUUUACAACAAGUUACCCUCUACGAUUUCGCAAAUGAUGUCAACAACGAAUGGAUUGUGGAAGGUAUCCAUCAUACUCAAGAGGGUAAACUACAACAGUCAAUCAAGCCUGUCGCUGACAAUUCGAUCAUUCGCUUAUAUCACAAGGGCACUGGACGUUACUUGCAUGUUCUGGAGGAUGUUCGUCCUGCGACAAGUGAGAACGAUUAUUCAAAGGAAGUCAAUUGCAAUGAGACUCGUGGCCUUUUGGGGAAUGCCGAAUACGAAUUUCGCAUUCGAAUAAUAGAAACGAGAACAGGAAACCCUGAGGCACGCCAUGAAUUGAGAUCUGGAGAAACUGUCUUCCAGAUUGUUCAUAAGAAAUCGGGAUGCGUUCUACUAGGCCAUUCCAAUCGUCUUCCGAGAUGGGGUGGCUACCAAAAGGGAGUAAUUUGCAUUGACGAACCAACAAUACCGGGGACGCUUUGGUAUAUCGAGUCUAAUAACCAUCCAAUGCUCAAUAAUAAUGCGUCGCACGCCACGAUCUCGCCCCCACCAUUUGGGUAUUUGAAGAAAAUGACUUGGUUACAUUGGGCCAUGAGUCUUUACAGCUCUGGAACUGACAAUGAUCCCCAAAGCCAAACUCCAGACAAGUGGCCAAUGGCAUUGAGAGGUGUGAAGUUGUAUGCUAAAGUCAAUUCAGAAGUGUUCAGCGUUGGCAAUAUCGUUAUCUAUUGGUUGGGCACGUUUUUGGUAACGUUCGUUGUAGCAAAGGGGAUCAUCUACGUCUUGAGCUUCUUGAAUCCGUAUGCAACUCCCAAAUAUGCGCCUUACGUUCGAGAGUUCAACGAUACUGCCCUUGAGUUCGUGCUUGGGUGGGCGAUGAAUUACUUCCCAUAUUACUUUGUUCAACGUGAACUUCAACCCCACCAUUACCUCCCAGCACUCUACUUCCUCAUAUUACUUAUAGCUUUGUUUUGCGAAUACCUUAUCAAGCAACAGCGAGUCGUUGGAUACUUUUUAGCUGUUGCGAUAUUGGCGUCAGCAGGGAUGGUUUUCUAUAAGCAUGCUCCAUUGAUAUAUGGGAGUGACUGGACAGAGGACGCUUGUGAAGCUGCCCGUUGGUUUUCUACCUGGCGGUGGACCUGUGACAAUUACGUGCUUGAACUUUGA